UGAUGUCUAAAUAGCCGACAUAUGAUAUUAUGUGCAAGUUUCUAAUUCUUGGAUCUUCUUAAGUCGGGAAGACCAAUCUUUUAACACGAUUUACUGAUGAUAAUUAUAGUGAAAGUCAUGUUACAACAAUAGGUGUAGAUUUUAAAUUCAAAGAAGUGAAAACAAAUGGUAAAAUAAUGAAAAUGCAAAUUUGGGAUACUGCAGGAUAAGAGAAGUUUAGAACUUUAACAUAAAAUUAUUAUAAAUUUGCUCAUGGAGUAUUGCUUGUUUAUUCCAUAGAUGAUUUAAAAUCAUUUUAAGAAAUCACAUUUUGGAUGAAUUCUUUAAAGUAACAUGGUAAAAAUGAUAUUGCAAUAAUUUUGAUUGCUAAUAAGAAAGACAUAGGUGAUUAAAGAGUUAUAUCAUAAUAAUAAGGAGAAGAAUUAGCAAAUUAAUUAGGUGUAGAUUAUAUUGAAACAUCAGCUAAAUUGGGUCUAAAUGUACAUGAAGCAUUUCAAAGAUUAGCUGAUAUUGCAAUUUAAUAAUGUAAUGGUAAGAUUUCAUUGCCAAAUCUUACAGAAGACAAUAAUUAUAAAAUUAACUUAACAAAAAAUACAAAAAAAGCAGAAAAAAAGAAAGAAUGUUGUUGA